AGCAGAUGCUAAAUUCUCACCAGUCACCAGAUUUUAAUCGUUUCCGUAAAGAAGCUCUAUCAGUUUCUUUCCUACUGACGCCAGUACAAUGGAGGUGACUUUCCUGUGGCUGUUUGUUCUAGGUGCUGCUGCUGGCAUCCCUCUCAGUGAAUAUGUUGAUCCUAUGCAAAACCCCGACUUAUUUGGUGGUGAUAUGCUGGGCGUCGAACCUAAUGACAAAAACGCCAUUCCGGGGCACCAGCUUCGAUGGCCGGGAGCGGUCGUGCCAUACGACAUCGACGCUUCCUUAGAAAAGCAUGAAGCGAAAAUCUUGGAAGCCAUGCAACAUUAUGCAGAGAAGACAUGCGUCACUUUUAAAAAAAGAACCUACGAGAGAGAUUACAUUCGAUUGUUUUCUGGACAAGGGUGUUACUCUCACGUUGGCAUGGUGGGUGGUCAGCAGCUCGUUUCCUUGGGACCUGGCUGCAUCUUCAAAGGAACCAUCGUCCACGAGUUGGCCCAUGCUUUAGGAUUUUACCAUGAGCAGAACAGAUCGGAUAGAGACGACUACCUCACCAUCUACUGGGAGAACAUCAGACCAGGUUUGGAGGAUCAGUUCGCGAAACUCGAACCUCAUAGAAACAUUCUAUUGGACACUUUCGAUUACAAUUCUGUGAUGUUGUACGGCAACACGGCCUUCUCCAAAGACAAUAAGUCGAACACGAUGGUGGCAAAGACCGGUGUCCGCCUUUACGAGACGUACGACAAGCCCGGCCUCAGCGCCAGCGACGUCAAGAGAGUGAGGAAGAUGUACUGGUGCGACGAGGAGUGGAUGAAGAAGCAAAAGGAAAACUAGAAAAUAAAAUGUAUCAUGUUCCCCGA